GGACUACAAGUCCCGGCGUGUCCCGCGCCGCGGGCGGAGGCGCCAUCUUCCGCGGCGCGGAUUGAAUGAGCGCGCCGCACCCGGGCAGCCGAGGGGACCCGCGCGCCGCCGCCUCCGCCAUGGCGUCCGUGCCGCCCCGUGCGGGGCCUGCCACGCCGCUGUCGCCCGCGCGCCUGUCUCGGUUGCAGGAGAAGGAGGAGCUGCGCGAGCUUAACGACCGCCUGGCACACUACAUCGACCGCGUCCGCGCGCUCGAGCUGGAGAAUGAUCGGCUGCUGCUCCGGAUCUCCGAGAAGGAGGAGGUGACCACGCGCGAGGUGAGUGGCAUCAAGGCCCUGUACGAGUCGGAGCUGGCUGACGCCCGGCGGGUGCUGGACGAGACGGCCCGGGAACGCGCGCGGCUGCAGAUUGAAAUGGGGAAGCUGCAGGCCGAGCUGGACGAGGCCAGGAAGAGUGCCAAGAAGCGAGAAGGUGAGCUGACGGUGGCCCAGGGCCGAGUGAAGGACCUGGAAUCCCUGUUCCACCGGAGCGAGGCAGAGCUGACCGCGGCCCUCAGCGACAAGCGAGGCCUGGAGACUGAUGUGGCGGAGCUCCGGGCGCAGCUGGCGAAGGCAGAGGAUGGGCACGCUGUGGCCAAGAAGCAGCUGGAGAAGGAGACGCUGAUGCGUGUGGACCUGGAGAACCGCUGCCAGAGUCUGCAGGAGGAGCUGGGCUUCAGCAAGAGCGUGUUUGAGGAGGAGGUGCGGGAGACCCGGCGCAGGCACGAGCAGCGCUUGGUGGAGGUGGACAGCAGCCGGCAGCAGGAGUACGACUUCAAGAUGGCGCAGGCCCUGGAGGACCUGCGCAGUCAGCAUGACGAGCAAGUGCGGCUCUACCGGCUGGAGCUGGAGCAGACCUACCAGGCCAAGCUGGACCAUGCCAAGCUGAGCUCCGACCAGAACGACAAGGCAGCCAGUGCAGCGCGAGAGGAGCUCAAGGAAGCCCGCAUGCGCGUGGAGUCCCUCAGCUACCAGCUCUCAGGCCUCCAAAAGCAGGCCAGUGCUGCAGAGGACCGUAUCCGCGAGCUGGAGGAGGCCCUGGCUGGGGAACGGGACAAGUUCCGCAAGAUGCUGGACGCCAAGGAGCAGGAGAUGAUGGAGGUGCGCGAUGCCAUGCAGCAGCAGCUGGCUGAGUACCAGGAAUUGCUGGACAUCAAGCUGGCCCUGGACAUGGAGAUCAGCGCCUACCGCAAGCUGCUGGAGGGCGAGGAGGAGAGGCUCAAGCUGUCCCCCAGCCCUUCAUCCCGGGUCACCAUCUCUCGGGCCACCUCCAGCAGCAGCAGCAGCGGGGUUGGCAUGUCUGCGGGGCGGGGCCGGGGCAAGCGCCGGCGCGUGGAGACUGAGGACACACCAGCCUCACACAGCAGCAGCUCCAGCAUGAGCAGCAGCUCCCGCCUGGCACAGCAGGCCGUGGCCACGGGGGUCGUGAGCAUCGAUGAGGUGGACCUGCAGGGCAGGUUCGUGCGGCUCAAGAACGCCUCGGACAAGGACCAGUCUUUGGGGAACUGGAGGAUCAAGAGACAGGUCCUGGAUGGUGAGGACGUCAGCUACAAGUUCACGCCCAAGUAUGUCCUGCGGGCUGGCCAGACCGUCACGGUGUGGGCAGCUGGGGCAGGGGUUGCCCACAGCCCCCCAUCAACCCUCGUGUGGAAGAGCCAGAGCAGCUGGGGCUCCGGGGAGAGCUUCCGCACUGUCCUGGUCAAUGCGGAUGGGGAGGAGGUGGCCGUGCAGGCUGUGAAGCAGUCAGCGGCUCAGGGGAGCGAGAACGGGGAAGAGGAGGAGGAGGAGGAGGCGGAGUUCGGCGAGGAGGACCUUUUCCACCAGCAGGGGGAUCCGAGGACCACCUCCAGGGGCUGCAGGCUGAUGUGAAACCUGCCCACGGUCACCAUGGUCCCCAGAACCCCUGAAAUUAUUUUUUUAUGGUCCACUCUCUCACUGGUCCUUGGUACAUCCGUCGAUGACUGUUAAGCGACCGUGAGAAUGUGGGCGGGCUUGCUGGGUUUCCUAGAGGUGGGUGUCCUUGGCCCACAGGCCUCGCCCUCCCCACCACCCCCAUGCCAUGCUCUGUCAGUGUGUUGGUGUAGAGGUCUGGGCCGGGACCCUGCCUGGGGACAGGAACAUGGCUGCUGGCUCAGGGUGGACCCUAGUGUGAAGCUGCAGUGAUUCAAUAGUUGAGUUUUCUUUGAAGCUUUUUAAGUCAAAUCAAAUCCAGAAUCAGGUUUAGACUAAGUCAAAUCAAAUCCAGAAGGAGGGCAGUGGGGAUCACUAGCCUGUCAGGACUUGCUGGCCCUCCACAGGGCAGACCCUCCUCAGGUUGCUGGCACAGAGGGGUCAUCGGAGACCACUGAGGCUCCAGCUUUGGGGCCUGAAGGGUCUGCAACAGCCCCCAGCCUUGGGGCAUCCAGGGCCUUCUCUGGGUCCAGAUUCUAGAAUGUUCUAGUCCCUUCUAAAGCUGAGGACCAAGAAGGACGCUCACAGCCGGGACGCCUCUUCCCAGUCUAAGAUCAUCAGUCUGGUAGACUGAAGGGGACAGACCACGGGCCUGUUGCUUUAAGGAGCCAAGGCUGCGGGUUCCCAGCCAGUGGCUGCUCACGGGAGUGUGGCCAGGCCAGGUGUACACACUGCAUGCCCUGUGCUCCACCUUGACGGCGUGACCUGGACGAUUGCUUCCCUGCAACACAGUUCUGCAAGCGCCAGGCGCCAGCCAGCCCCCACCUGUCACCCUCACCUUCCUGCCACAGACACACGGUAUUUUUUUAACGAAUAUUUAUUUUUUUACAUCAUCACACAGCUCACUCAGACACCGUUCUUGGGUGCGUGGGUGGGGGGUUCAGGCCUGUAGCUGCCGUGAAUGGGGGUUACCUGUGACAGCUUCCUUUACUGAGCCAUGGAGGAAGGGGGUGCUGUCUCCUUUCUAGCACAACUGCUGAUAGCUCAGGCCCAUUUCCCCCAAAGCUAGAGCCCGUGGCCACAGGACUCUGAGGCCACCGACCUCCAGAACCCACCAGCCACCUCCUGCUUCUAGUUACCUCUAGUUUUCCUUAAGUGACAGGUGUUGGGUUUCUGACAGUCAGGGUCAGCUGCAGUCACCAGGCAGGCUUGCUGCCUUGCCCAGAAGCGGGUGCCCUACAGUGCAAGCUGCACUGAGCCAGAUGGCUCCCUGGUGUUUUGAGUAGGAUGGGCUGGGGAGCAGCCUGCACCACGCGCAUCGCUCAGCUCCACAAGUUUUGUUUCUUUUCUACGAUGCAUGCCAAACGUGUGUUCUGCCUUUUCUUUUCCUCCUAUGAUUUGUAAUAUACAUUUUACGACUGGAAACUUUUGUACACUCAAAUAAACACUUUGAUUUUAA